GAUAACGACGAUGAUAACAGCAACAAUAAUGACAAAGAUAACACCGACAACGGUAACGACAAAGAUAACACCGACAACGGUAACGACAAUGAUGUUGGUAAAGAUGACGACAAUGACGAUAAUGACGAUAACGACAAUGAUCAUGGUAAAGACGAGGACAAUGACGAUGGUAACGAUGACGACAAUGACAAUAGUAACGAUGACGACAAUGACGAUGGUAACGAUGACGACAAUGACGAUGGUAACGAUGACGACAAUGACCAUGGUAACGAGGGCGAUAAUGACCAUGGUAACGAUGAGGACAAUGACGACAAUGACGAUGGUAACGAUAACGACAAUGACGAUGAUAACGAUAACGACGAUGACGAUGAUAACGAUAACGACAAUGAUGUUGGUAAAGAUGACGACAAUGACGGUCAUGACAAUAACGACAAUGAUCAUGGUAAAGACGAGGAAAAUGACGAUGGUAACGAUGACGACAAUGACAAUGUUAACGAUGACGACAAUGACGAUGGUAACGAUGACGACAAUGAUCAUGGUAACGAGGACGACAAUGACGAUGGUAACGAUGACGAAAAUGACUAUGGUACUAUGGUAACGAUGACGACAAUGACGAUGGUAACGAUGACGACAAUGACUAUGGUAACGAUAACGACCAUGACGAAGGUAACGAUAACGACGAUGACAAUGGUAACGAUGACGACGAUGACGAUGAAACGAUAACGACUCUGACGAUGGUAACGACAACGACAACGAAAAUGAUGAUGGUAACAAUAACGACAAUGACGAAGGUAACGAUGACGACAAUGACGAUGGUAACGACAGCGACAAUGAUAAUGGUAACGAUGAGGACAAUGACGAUGGUAACGACAACGACACCGACAACGACAACGAUGAUGGUAACGAUGAGGACAAUGACGAU